AACAGAAAGAAAAGAAAUAGCGUAUCUUAUAGUUUAAGAAUAACAAACACGGUUUAUCUCUAACAUCAAAGCACCUUCCUGGUACUCUUCUUGUUUCCAAUUCCACCUAUAAAUUCCUAUUCAUUCUCUGAAAAUUCAUAAAACCCAAUCUUCAAAUUCUCUGAUCUCAUCACAAUCAUUAUGGCUUACCCUUAUCAACCUUACCCACCACAACCGUCUGCCUCUGCUCCGAUGCCGCCACUCCCCGCCGCCAUUUUCGGCCCUCAAUACUGUGCACCCUAUCCACUAGAUCUGGCCGUCGUGAAAAAGGUUAUGACAAUUUCAGACGGAAACUUCGCCGUCACUGAUGUCAACGGCAACAUCGUCUUCAAAGUCAAAGGCUCUCUCUUAACCCUCCGUGACCGCCGUGUCUUGCUUGAUGCCGCCGGCAACCCCAUCACCACCUUACGCCGCAAGAUAGUAACUAUGCAUGAUCGGUGGGAAGCUUACAGAGGCGAAAGCACAGAAUCAAAAGAUCUUAUAUUUACAUUGAAGAGAUCAUCACUAAUUCAGUUCAAGACCAAACUAGAUGUGUUUUUAGCCGGUAACACAAAAGAGGAUGUUUGUGAUUUUAAAGUCAAAGGUAGUUGGCUGGAACGUUCUUGUAUUGUUUAUGCUGGUGAAUCUAACAACAUUGUUGCCCAGAUGCACAAAAAGCACACUGUUAAGAGUGUUUUAAUCGGUAAAGACCAAUUCAUGGUAACAGUUUAUCCUAAUGUUGAUUAUGCUUUCAUAGUGGCGUUAAUUGUGAUUCUUGACGAGAUCAACGAUGAUGAAAAGGAAGAGUGAUUAGAAGAUUAGUGUUUUGUAUUUAUUUAUUACUAUUGUGUGGUUAUAAAUUGCUGAAAGGGAAAAGUGUUAUAUUAAGGGGUUUGGAGAUUAUGGAUAAAAGUUUUUUUUGUUUGGAGAACAUCAAUCACGGUCUAGCCAUUGUCCUACUCGUGUCUUGAUCUCGAUGUUUGUAUUAUAGUAGUGGAAUAUUCUGACCCGAUUUUAAGGGCCAAUAUUAAUUUUUUUGGGUAAAUUUUUACCCAACCGAAAUAUAA